AGUUGUUUUGCUGGUAGAUCAGGUGUUGUCAAUCCUCCGCUUGAUCUUGGGUGUGAUUUACUGUCAAAAAAAACUUAUUUUCAUACUUUGAAUUAUGUUGGUGGCGAACUUUCUACCAAUGUAAGUCUAGCAUACUUUUGUCUUUAUUUUAUUUUAUAUUUGUUUAGCUUUUAUCUUCCUUUGUAGUUUGUUGAUUUUUUUUCUUUUUUGCAACAACAUAUCGACAUCAUCUUUUAUUACUUGAGAAAGAAGCGUCAAUUGCUGAAUAUUACUAGGCCAAACUUCUCAACCACUGAUACCAUCUUCAGUCAGGUUUUACAUGCAGAAUAUCAUUCUAUUUUUACAUCUGGUUUGGCUGAAAUUGAAGUUGGUGCUGAAAAUACUAUUCUGGAAUACUAUUUGGGUAAAGGAUGCAGAUAUGGUAAGUCAUGGACUUUAGUGGAUGACCUUUGCCCUGUGAUUAUUUUGGACCCAAACCAUUGGAUUCUCGCGCGGGUUAAUUUUGAAGAGUGUAAGGUCUAUGUUUACAAUUCCAUGAGGGAUGAGACGAUGGAUGCGACUGUGGCAAGUUAUAUGAAGUGUUUUAGUAACUAUCUUCCAAAGUAUUUGAAACAAUUCGAUUUUUAUUCGAUGAGGAAUAGUCAGGCAUCAUUUGCUCUGUGUUCUAGUUUUGACAGCAGAUACAAUCCAUUUACUGUUGUAAAUGUUGCUGAUUUGCCAAUCCAAAGCAAUAGUGAUUGUGGAGCAUUUGUCUGUUUAUUUGCGGAGUAUUUCAUUGAUUCGAAGCCUAUUCCCCCAACAUUUUCUAGACAUAAAAUGGAAUUGUACCGUAACUGCCUUACUCAAGAUUUGGUUAAAUAUGGGAGGUGGAAGAUUGAAAAGGGGUAUUCAAGUAAUGCUGAAGGAACUGUCAAACUUCGACGAGAAUUGAGGAAGAAGAAAACCUAA